CAGCGCCCUGGGCGGGGCCUCGGCCCAGGUGCGCGGCGGCGGCGGCGGCGGCGGUGCUUCGCGGAGGCAGGAAGUGUGUCCCUAGCGGCGGCCCGUGCAGCGCUCCCGCGAGACGCUCACCUGCGCCCCAGGUGCCUGGCAGCAGCAGACCAUGCAGUGAGCCAUGCCCCGCCCGGGACAUCCCCGCCCAUCAUCUGGGCCCCCGCGCUUGGGACCCUGGGAGCGGCCAACAGAGCUGUGCCUGGAGACAUAUGAUGAGCCAUCCCAGCCCCCACCAAGCCGCCGCACCCGCAGGCCAGACCCUAAGGACCCUGGCCGCCAUGGGCCCGAGAGCCUUACCUUCAUCUCUGGCUCUGCCGAGCCUGCCGCUGAGCCCCCAGCUUGCUGCCUGCUCUGGCAACCCUGGGUGUGGGACUGGUGUCGAGCUGCCGUCUGCUUCCGCCGCUGCCGGGGUUGCCUCCAGCGCUGUGGAGCCUGUGUUCGGGGCUGUAGUCCCUGCUUGUCCACUGGGGACUCCCCUGAAGGGGCUGCCGAAGGCAACUGGGCCAAGGAGCACAACGGAGUACCCCCAAGCCCCGACCGUGCCCCUCCCAGCCGGCGGGAUGGCCAGCGGCUCAAGUCAACCACGGGCAGCAGCUUCAGCUACCCUGACGUCAAGCUCAAAGGCAUCCCUGUCUAUCCCUACCGCAGCACCACCUCCCCAGCCCCUGACGCGGACUCCUGCUGCAAGGAGCCACCGGCUGAGCCCCCACCCACACGGCAUAGCCUUCCGAGCACCCUUGCCAGCAGCCCCCGUGGCUCCGAGGAAUACUACUCCUUCCAUGAGUCGGACCUGGACCUUCCUGAGAUAGGCAGUGGCUCCAUGUCAAGCCGAGAGAUCGAUGUGCUCAUCUUCAAGAAGCUAACAGAGCUGUUCAGUGUACACCAGAUCGACGAGCUGGCCAAGUGCACAUCAGACACUGUGUUCCUGGAGAAGACCAGUAAGAUCUCGGACCUUAUCAGCAGCAUCACCCAGGACUACCACCUGGAUGAGCAGGAUGCUGAGGGCCGCCUGGUACGCGGAAUAAUUCGCAUCAGUACCCGAAAGAGCCGCGCUCGCCCGCAGACUGCAGAGGGGCGCUCAACCCGGGCUGCUGUGACUGCUGCUGCCCCUGACAGUGGCCAUGAGACCAUGGUGGGCUCAGGGCUCAGCCAGGAUGACCUCACAGUGCAGAUCUCCCAGGAGACGACUGCAGAUGCCAUCGCCAGGAAGCUGAGGCCUUAUGGAGCCCCAGGUUACCCAGCCAGCCACAGCUCAUCCUUCCAGGCCACCGACACAGACUCAUCAGGGGCACCCCUGCUCCAGGUGCACUGCUAACCCCCACCAGGCCCAGGGGCUGCAACCCCUUCUGAGAGAAGCACAGCCUACAGCAUGAAGAGGGGACCAGGACCCCCUCUGGGGGAGGCUGGGCCAUGAGACCAGACACAGCGCCCGCUCUGACUCCUUUUGCCCUGCUGACUGGUUCCUGGACCAUGUGCAUUUCACUGGGCUUUGGUGCCCACAUCCGCCCGGAUCCCUAACCGGGCUGACUUCUGCCUGGUCUGUUCCUUCCUGCCUGAUCUUUAGGUGGCCUAGGUCAUGGAAAGCAAAGACAGGCAUUACCUUCUGAGGUCAAAUCACAAAUAAAUCCCAUAACAUAAGCCCCAUAAGGAAUAACGCGAACAUCCCCCUCCCAGGACAGGGAAUGGGGAAUGACAGCUAAAAGCAGUUUGUCUUAAAUGGACUGGCUUGGGGCCAGGCAGGGCCUCUGUGUGGAAUUCUGUGGGCAGUGUCCACUCCACGUUAUGUCCUGUUGAGCAGUUUGGCUCUUGGCUGACGUUGAUAUGCUAUCAUGACCUUAGUUGCAAGUACAAAGGUAAUAGACGUCUACCUGCCAUCGCAGCUGUGGUACUGUCCUUGCGGUCCCAUUUGCCUCACUGCUGCCAGAGCAAGAGAAAGCAGCCUGGCUUAGUGUUGUGGGGUCCGUCUGAAGGCUGAAACAGGAGCAAGGACACCCCUCAGGUUCGCUGUGAGUUCCAGGAGAUAGAGAGCCAGGGGCGGCAACAGCACCUGUGGAAGGGCUGCCGGUGGCGAGGGGGCCGUUUAGGCGGGCCUGCGUGCAUCCACCCUGGUGUUCUGGUCCCCAACCAGCAGGCUCGCCUGCUUCUGGGCGCCCUUGCAGUUCCCCCAAACCCCCAAACGUGGCUCAGCCCCACUCAGCCUCAGACCUGCUACUCCUCCCUUCCUGGUGCUGGCAGAGUACUGUGGUUCCCUGGUAUCUCCAUGGCUUUACCAACAACCCUGAAAUGGGAUCAUUCUUCUUUCAGAGGGGGAACUGGGGCCCAGAGAAGGCAAGGAACUCCGUGGAUCACAAUGUUAGUAGCAACUCUAGCUCCAGACCAGGAAGCUGGCCUCUUGGAAUUUCGCCCCCAAGCGGGCUAGCUGACCUGGUAGAGACAGUUGCAGGAUCCCCUUAUUUGGACAUGGGAGCCUAGCUGGGUCAGAGGGGACCUACUCAGCUGCUCACAGGGGAGUCUGUCCCUUUCAGCUGUGAACCAGAGCAGGCCCACCAGCCCAUUCUUAACUGAUGCAAGCGAGGUGUGCAGGGGCCCCCUUCACUCACAUCCCACCUGCAGCCCCUAUGGCCCUUCUUAUUGUCCCCAUGGGCACCCUUUGAAAAGUGACUGGACAGACUGUACUCCAGUUUCAGACACUCAGCAUGGUCCCUUGGGGAUGUGACCACAGGGCCCAGGACCUUUCCUUAGGCUCUGCUGUCUCAUCCAGGUCCAGGCCUCUCUGAGACUGAAAAUAACCACAGAAGCCCAGGGAGAUCACAGAGGAGAGUGAGGCCCUAGUCCCUGCACCUUAACCUUGGCCCCAGAGCACCACUUCCCAUACUCUGCUCUGGGAACAACUGGCAUACCUAGAAAAAGUUGUCAAAGUUUGGGAAACAGAACUAGUUACUACUGCAUCACCUCUUUUAACAAACUAUUUGGAUGCACCAAAAGGAGGACAUGAUGUGUUCCAGAAAUCCAGGGGUACCCCGUGGCCCUCCCAGCACAGCACUCCAGCCAAGUCAACAGAGGUAUUUUUGCUGUAACCCUAACCUCUGCAGCCCCUGUACUCAGUGACCUCCACUCUGGCUGGGGGGCUGGGGCUCAGCUCUGGGGCUGGAUUUGUGCAGAGGCAGACACUGCUCCAGCCCUGGCUCUGCCUCAGCAGCUGACUUGGGGAGGCCCUCAAAUCUGCAGAGGCCCACUGGCCUUCACCCUGCCCUCCUGACCAGGUCUGUGUACCACACACAGCCCAUCUGAGGCCUGGGCAGUUCCCCCAGCCUUUGCUGCUCUCUGCCCCUGGGAAAGAAGUAUGUAGUUUUAGAAGCACUUGAUCGAGGGCUGGAAGACAGGCCCACUGCAGUGGGAAAUUGUCUUAGAGAUGAAAUGAACAAGUCUAGCUGGUCUUCAACUUUGCUGAGUCAUGGGCCCUUGUGAGAACGACUGCCAGGUCCUGUAGCCAGAAAAAUUCACCUUUGCUCAGAAACAUACACAGACUAAAUAAAAGCCUUGUUUUAA